UCAAUGGUACAGAUGCGCAGGUUAGGAAUAAUUUAGUGGGAAGGAUCGGGAAGCUAGAAAGUCAAGCAAAAUAAGGCACGUACUAUUGUGCUGCUCGUGUUAUUGGCGUGUUUAUUUUGAGAUUGUAGAAUUGUACAGUUUUCUUGACGAAGUUUGCACUGUCGAAAAAAUGUCACACACCAUUCUGUUAAUUCAGCCCGGUUCUAAACCUGAGACAAGAACAUUUUCAGAUUAUGAGUCUGUAAAUGAAUGCAUGGAAGGUGUGUGCAAGAUUUAUGAAGAACAUCUGAAACGACAGAACCCAAAUACACCAUCGAUCACCUAUGACAUCAGUCAGCUGUUCGAUUUCGUUGAUCAGCUGGCAGACCUCUCCUGCCUUGUGUACCAGAAGAGCACCAAUUCUUAUGCCCCAUACAAUAAGGACUGGAUCAAGGAGAAAAUAUAUGUGUUGUUGCGACGUCAAGCAGCACGUUCACAGUGAGAUGUGGAUGACCACAUUUGCUUCAGUGGCAAAUAUCAGUGCAUCAGAACACCCCCAGUACAUUUCACCCAGUUAUGUACAUUUCAUUGUGUAUUGUCCGAAAUUGACAAUGGUGUAGUGUGGAGAAGAGGGCUAAGACUCUUACAAUGGCAUCAUUAUAUUUUAAGUACUUUAUCAGGCUCAAACUGGAAUAGUCUGGUAUAUGAAUAGAGUGACUUUUGUUUUCAAUUUCUUUAUAUAUUUUUGGAAUUAAUCUGGUUUAAAAUUAAUGUGAAAUGAAUAUUAAAUAUUCCUAUAAUGUUCCAGUUUGAAAACUGAUUCUGGAGGUGCAGAAUGAUUGGGUUGUUGCAAAGUAUCUGCAUAGAAAAGCACAACUUCUUUUAAGUCUAUGAAAAUAAAAUACUUCAUUCAUAUAUAUGAUACCUGUCGGUGUUACAUGUACUACCUGUGUGUUAGUUCUUGUUUUAAAAUAGGCUGUUUUUAUUUUGUUUAUAUUUCAGCAUAUGACUUUUUGAUUGUGGAACACAAUCCCUGUGUACAUGGGUCAAGAAACUGGCCACAAUUUCAUGCACUUGUGCCUUGGCUGUCUUCUUGCUUUGUAUGUACAGUCUUAGCACAUGAUCAUGACCAAUAUCAAUUAUUUAUCACCUGGGAUUACAUAUAACCCAGCAAUAUCAGAUUUUUGAUGGUUGAGAGUCAUGAAAUGUACAGACAAAUGUUUUUUACAUGGCUGCAGUGUAGCUUUUUUUAAAAUGUAUUGGAAAGAGAGAACUAUUGAAAUUUAUUCCGAGUUCAGUCCAUAUAGUGACUAGGUUAUAUGUCUGACAUUUGAGAAUUGAGGUCCAGUUCCUGGCAGAAGGAAGAUGCUUGUAUCUUCUCCACACUUUUGACACAGGCAUUCUGGCCUGCUUAGCCACUUUGCUGAUGGAUAACAGGGUCUUUUUCCUUGGGAGUAAAGUGAAUAUAAUGUGAAGAUAACUAUAACCCUCCAUCUGAUGCUGAGGUGAAGAAUGGUUGGACUAUACUACCUCCCCCAUAAAUUUUCAGGACAAUUAAGCACAGGAACAACUUUUUGUUUUUACCCACAAGGCAGAAUUUUGUAGCACAUAACAGAUGGGAACUAUUAAAAACAUGAUAUUGCAAGUAGAUUUCAUAAAGCCUACUUUCCUAAACAGGCUUUCAGGCUAUAAAUUGUAUGUUGUUAAUGUUUUAGGUAAUGCCAAUUUAUUAUCCAACAGUAAAAUGCAUGGUUUUAUGUCCUGGGCUCUUUCAGAUGAUCAUAUGAUUGAAUCCUAGUCACACAGGAAUUCUUUGCUUGCAACUGUAAAUGUGUUAGACUAAUAUUAGGCUUGUAAUUAUUUGGAAGAAUUUAUUACAUAGACUAUGCACAGACCAUCUAGGCCUACAAUAAAUAAACUCAAAUUUUCACACCAUUGCCAUAUCUGUAAAUACUGAUUUGUAAAUAGUAUUUCAUACAUUCGUAGAUAUGUUCAUGAUCUAUUUGCAUACCAGAUUUUACAUCACCAUCAUAUGGGAAGCCAAUACAGAUUUAAUGGAGAUGCCAUUUUGUUGCUGAUGUUCUACAAAAACUGCAUCUUCAAAGAUUACCAUGCCUGAUAUUAGAACUCUUAGAUCAAAUGGCACAAGUUUGUACAUUUACUGUGGUAACAGUUCUAGGAAGUUAUAAAGAACAUGAGGUUGGGGUGACCUAUAAUAGUGUUAUUCUCAUACAACAUUUCAUGGUAAUUGGUCAGUUUGGAACUAAAAAGCCCCCCUCCACACGCACGCACACUAGUGUGGUGUCAUAAGGAAGGAAAAUUGUCUAAAAAUGCAAGAAACUAUUUUUUGAGAAUAUCAUUUGAACAGUGGGUGCCAGAAUGCAAGCUCUGUCUUGAAGGUGGUUGCAGCAGAUUCCAAUGAAAUGUUGAUGCUUAUGUACCAAAUUAGACAUCAUAUCAAAGCAGACCAUAAUCUUGGAAAAAAUAUCCUCUGAUAUUACUGCCACAAGUCUCAGAAUUUUACAACAGCAAUAGAAGUGGACAAGUCCUGAUUUCAUGCACAAGGCCACAGUUCUUUUGUUCAAAAUGGCAGAUUGAUUUCUAGUGUCAUUUAUGGUACAGACAACUGAGUGCAACCCUGUGGGUAUUUUUGUUGCAUUUUUGCUGUAUCUGUAACAGUUCACAACUUUUAGAUGAUCAGCAUAUCCAAAUUCUUACCAAAAUGGUUGGUUUCCAAUGGCUGCAUUUGGGAUCAUUUAACCCAUUUUGCUUCUUGCUUCCCAGUAGAGAGCACUCAAGUUCUUGCUUUGUUGCAUUUUGAAGAAGUUUGCACUUUUCUUUUGGGAAGCUUUGCAAAAUUUGCUGCUCAUCUUCCUCAGAGCAACUCUUCCUAAACUGAACACCAUUGGAGUUAUCCUACUCUAUAUAUAUAGCUUCUCACAUGUGGGUUUCAUUUGUAGUUUUCUGUGCCAGUUUUAAUUGCAUGAAAUCUUGAUCCAUGUACACAUGGCUGUAUAGAUAGGCAUUACUGUCCUAAGUUACACUGUAGGGAUUUCAUUUGUAGUAUAACUGUAAAGAAUGCAUUUACACUGAACAUUGCAUUCCAAAAUUAUUACACAGGCUGCUGUUAUUGAUGCAUAUUCUGUAUUAUUUUUUGGUUGUCUCUGAAAUUCACACUUAAGUAAUUUCCUCAUUCUUCAAUACCUGUUUCAAUUUAUUUUGUGUUUAGAAUGAGGAGUUGGAGAAGUAUGGUUAUUGGCUUUGUUGUGUCUGUCUUUCUGUUCAUGUAUGUCAACUCGAAAAAUAAAUUUAUAUUCAGAAGUA